UGCCCUUGGCUGGGGUCAUGUCCACCUUCCCGCGAAGGACAUAUUUCCCCCGUGCCAGGUGCUUCCGGAGCGGCAUCCCAGCCCUGGGCACCACGGGCCUGUCGCCCGGAUCCGGAUUCCCAGGUUCCCGCCAGGCACCCGGGGGCGGGGCCGGCCGUCUCCAAAGACCCUCACCGGGUGCUUUGCCCUUUCUCCAGAGUAGCUGAGGCUGGAGCCGAGGAGGAGCUGGUGAUCAGGUUGCCACUUGCCUUGACUAAGUGUUCCACCUAUUCAUUACUGUCUCCAUUCUGCCCACAGUGGUCACACCCUUUCCAGAAAUUCUUGGCUAGUAACCACAAAGCUGGUGGGAGCAGGAGCUGGGAGAGCUGGAGAAAACUGCUCCAAUCUGACUUGAUUCCAGCAGAGAGCUGAACCCGGGCUCUGAGGUGACUUGUCUCAGAUUCCUCCAGAAUUGAGCCCUGUGCCAGAGCCAUGCACCAACCUGUGGCCCCAUGACCAGGCAGAGAGCACCUGUAACCCGAACCCUGGCUGACCACACUGAAGCAGGAUGCGCCAGCAGGUUAAUGGCCAUGGUCCAGGCUCUGAGGCCCAAGACAGGGAAUCCCUCAGAGACCUGCAGGAGUUCCUGGGUGGGGAGGCCCCACUGCACCAGCUAGAUGACCUCACCAAGGUGAACCCUGUGACGCUGGAGACAGUCCUGAGGUGCCUGCAGGCCCGGUACGGGGCAGACAUAUUCUACACCAAUGCUGGCUGCACCCUGGUUGCUCUGAACCCCUUCAAGCCCGUCCCUCAGCUCUACUCGACAGAGCUGAUGAGAGAAUACCACACUGCACCUCAGCCCCAGAAACUAAAGCCCCAUGUGUUCACCGUGGGCGAGCAGACCUACAGAAACGUCAGGAGCCUGAUCGAGCCAGUAAACCAGUCCAUCGUGGUCAGUGGAGAGAGCGGCGCUGGAAAGACAUGGACCUCCCGCUGCCUGAUGAAGUUCUAUGCCAUAGUGGCCGCCUCACCCACGUCCUGGGAGAGCCAUAAGAUUGCAGAGAGGAUCGAACAGCGGAUCUUAAACUCCAACCCUGUCAUGGAAGCCUUUGGGAACGCGUGUACACUGAGGAAUAACAACAGCAGCCGCUUUGGGAAGUUCAUCCAGCUCCAGCUGAACAGAGCCCAGCAGAUGACCGGAGCAGCAGUUCAGACCUACCUCCUCGAGAAAACACGCGUAGCCUGCCAGGCCUCCAACGAGAGGAACUUCCAUAUCUUCUACCAGAUCUGCAAAGGAGCUAGUGUGGACGAGAGACUACAGUGGCACCUCCCCGAGGGAGCCACCUUCUCCUGGCUGCCCAACCCAGAGAAGACCCUGGAAGAGGAUUGUUUCGACGUGACCAGAGAGGCCAUGCUCCAUUUGGGCAUUGACACUCCCACCCAGAACAACAUCUUUAAGGCCCUGGCUGGACUGCUGCACCUUGGCAACAUCUGUUUUGCUGACUCGGAGGACGAAGGCCAGCCCUGCCAGCUGAAGGACGAGGCCACGUGCUCUAUCCAGACAUCGGCCUUGCUGCUGCAGAUCCCAGAGGACACGCUACUGGAGACGCUGCGGAUUAGAACCAUCAGGGCGGGCAGGCAGCAGCAGGUGUUCCGGAAGCCCUGCUCCCGGGCUGAGUGUGACACUCGCAGAGACUGUCUGGCCAAACUGGUCUACGCACGGCUGUUUGACUGGCUGGUGUCGGUGAUCAACAGCAGCAUCUGUGCAGACCCUGACUCCUGGACCACUUUCAUAGGGCUGCUGGAUGUGUACGGAUUUGAGUCAUUUCCUGACAACAGCCUGGAGCAGCUGUGCAUCAACUAUGCCAAUGAGAAGCUGCAGCAGCACUUCGUGGCACACUACCUCAGGGCUCAGCAGGAGGAAUACGCAGCUGAGGGCCUGGAGUGGUCAUUUGUCAACUACCAGGACAACCAGACCUGUUUGGAUCUCAUCGAGGGGAGCCCCAUCAGCAUCUGCUCCCUCAUCAACGAGGAAUGCCGCCUCAAUCCCCAGCUCCAGACGCGCAUCGAGAGUGCCCUGGCCGGCAGCCCCUGCCUGGGCCACAACAGGCUCAGCCCAGAGCCCAGCUUCGUGGUGGUGCAUUACGCAGGGCCUGUGCGGUACCACACGGCAGGCCUGGUGGAGAAGAACAAGGACCCUGUGCCCCCUGAGCUGACCAGGCUGCUGCAGCAAUCUCAGGACCCCCUGCUCAUGGUGCUGUUCCCUACCAACCCCGAAGAGAAGACCCAGGAGGAGCCAGCUGGUCAGAGCAGGGCCCCCGUGUUGACCGUGGUGUCCAAGUUCAAGGCCUCCCUGGAGCAGCUCCUGCAGGUCCUGCACAGCACCACGCCCCACUACAUUCGUUGCAUCAAACCUAACAGCCAAGGGCAAGCACAGACUUUCCUCCAGGAAGAGGUCCUCAGCCAGCUGGAGGCCUGUGGCCUCGUGGAGACCAUUCACAUCAGUGCUGCUGGCUUCCCCAUCCGGGUCUCUCACCAAAACUUUGUGGAACGGUACAAGUUACUCAGAAGGUUCCACUCUCGCACAUCCCCUGGCACCCACGACCCACAUCCUGCCACGGGGCGCUCUGAGUGGCCUGUACACACCAAGGAGGCCAUGCUGCAGCCUCUUGUCCAGGACAUCCUCCACACACUGCCAGGUCUGACUCAGGCAGCAGCCACACCAGGUGACCCAGCUGGGGCCACAGCAGCCCCAGUGCACUGUGGCAGGACCAAGGUGUUCAUGACUGACUCCACGCUGGAGCUUCUGGAACGCGGGCGUGCCCAGGUGCUGGAACAGUGCGCCUGCUGCAUCCAGGCUGGCUGGAGGCGACACCGACGCCGAAAGCAGGCGAGGCAGAGGUGGGCCGCCACACGCAUCCAGGCAGCCAUUCGUUCCUGGUUAACUCGGAAACACAUCCAGAGGCUGCACACAGCUGCCACGGCCAUCAAGCGCGUGUGGCGGAAAUGGAGAAUCAGGAUGGCCUCUCUUGCUGCUAAAGAACUGGAUGGUGUGGAAGAAAAACACUUGUCUCAAGUUCCCCAUUUCCUGAGCUCCUCCCAGCUGACCCCAGAGCAAACCGGGUUCCUGGGAGCAAUAAUCCGCCUCUGGCCUCUGGGACUGGUCCUGGCCAAUGCAGCUGUGGGUGUCCGAGGCUUUCAGAGGAGGCUGGUGGUCUGGGCCUGCCUUCAGCUUCCCACCAGCAGCCCCAGUGGCUAUGCCCUCCAGGCGGCACAACAAGAUCAGGCUGGAGUCACAUCCAUCCGAGCGCUGCCCCAGGGCUCGGUGAAGUUUCACUGCAGAAAGUCUCCACUGCGCUAUGCUGACAUCUGCCCUGAACCCUCGCCCUACACUGUUACCGGCUUUAAUCAGAUUCUGCUGGAAAGACACUGAUCCACGUAUGACCUCUCCUCACCCUCUACCCUCACCUGGCCGAGUGUCUUUCUGCCUUUGUUUCUGCGAGGCCGUUUCCUGCCAGCUGUCUUGCCAAAGACAUUUAAUCAACAUACAGCUGCCAAACUAUUCCCACAGCAACUCCAAACCCACAUACCAGCAACAGCUCCAGCCGGCGAGCCAGGGCUGCCUGGCCAGGACACUGGUAAGCCAGGCUCCAGUCUGCACCUCCAUCAAGCAUGGACGGGGAGUCAGGGCUGGUCGUUACCAAGGCAGGAUUAGGGCCACCGAGAACUUCACAUUUCACUACAGACCAAACAGCAGCACCCGUAACUGUCUCACUAUGGCGGGGCACUCCUGAUUCUCACAAGCACUUUGGAAGAAACCAGGCAGUCUC